AUAAAACAAACUUUUUUUUAAAUUUUGUUUUUUGAUAAAAUUAGAUUUUCGAGAAAACAAUAAUCAUUUUAUAACCACGGAUUAAAAGAUUUAAUUUUGUGUAUGUUUUAACAAAGGUAACAAGUACAUCCGGAGACCAAAGAAUUUUCUGACUCAAAAAGGAAGGAGCGAAUUUCAUUUCAAGGGAGACAACAGAGAAGAUAAGACUCUGGCUUACACUAGCCUACAGAGAUGAAGUGUGUCUGGGACUGCCAUCGUCUGCUGCUCCGUGGGUUCUACAACUACGGCUACUUUUUGGCCAAACACCCGAUCUGGUUCCUGGUCAUCCCAGCGGUCGUGUGUGCCGGGUUGGCCGUUGGUUUCAUACGUUACGACCCAGAGAAUGACAUUGAAACCCUGUACGCCCCUGAAGAUUCCCGAGCGGUCAAGGACCGUGACCUUGUGGUGGCGACCUUCCCCGACCUCUCCGGCGACAACUUUGACCCUUUCAGCGCCAACCGGCUGGUGGCCCAGGGUAUCGUCAUAUUCAGAAGUAAGGGGCCCCGGGCCGUGUUGACGGACCCGGUCCUGGAGGAGCUGAAGACGUUCUACAGAGAAGCCAUGAGCUUGACCAUAACAAAAAGCGGCAAGAACUACACGUACAACGAUCUGUGCGUGCGAAGAGAAGGCGCAUGCGCAGUGGAUGGGGACUUCGUCUUUUCUCCUUAUUUUAUAUCGAUGCUCCAGAUGGGGACAGUCACCUACCCAGUGUGGGCCACGAUGGCCGCCCUCGACCUGAACCUGUACCUGAGUGACGUCAACGUGACGGCAGACGGCUUCCUCAGAUCUGCUGGCUCCAUUAAGUUCGCCUUCCCGCUCAGACAGGACAACCCAGAGGUUGAGAAGCUCUCCCUCGACUGGGAACUCAAAUUUGCUGAUUUUAUGAAACGAGCCAACUUCAGCACAGUGGAGUAUUCCUACGCCAUUUCUCAAUCGUUGAGUCUGGAACUGGACAAAGGAACAUCUGGAGACAUCUUGUAUUUCUCGCUCACCUUUACACUGAUGAUAACCUACGCUUCCAUCGUUAGCUCAGGUGGCGACUGUGUAUCGACGCGAGCUCUGCUGGCCAAUGCCGGGGUUCUGGCGGCUCUGCUGGGCAUCAUGGGAGCUUUUGGUCUCAUCACGCUGGUGGGGGUCAAGUUUGUCAACAUUGUCGGCGUCAUGCCGUUUCUGACUCUUGGUAUUGGAGUUGACGACAUGUUUCUGCUGAUGGGCACAUGGAGUGAGACAACGGCACUCAAAGACAUUUCUGUGGAGGAGAGGAUAGGGCACGUGUUCAAAAAGGCUGGCAUUGGAAUCACAAUCACUUCAGUAACUGACUUCCUCGCCUUUGCCGUUGGAUCUAUGAGCGUCUUCAGGAGCGUCAAAAAUUUCUGCAUCUACACUGGUGUUGGAGUUCUGCUCUGCUACAUCUGCAACGCGACGUUCUUCGGGGCGUGCUUGACGUUCCACGGGCGUCGAGUGUACGCCAGCAGACACACCAUCACCUGCAAGCCGGUGCCCAAGUCGCGUGCAGAGCUGAGCAGGGAGGGCCACAAGUGUUGUUACGUGUGCAUGUGUGGGGGGACGGUGCCCAAAGGCCCAAAUGACGACCAGAGCUUGUGCGAGAAGGGGCCUAAAUAUGCUCUCACAAAGUUUAUCCUGUGGAAACCCAUGAGGUUUGUCAUCCUGCUUAUCUUUGCUGGCUAUUUGGGCGUGUCAGUCUGGGGGUGCACCCAGCUACGUCAGGGACUAGACCUGAAGGACCUGGUCCUAACGUCCUCCUACUUCCACAAAUACCAGAUCUGGGACACGAAAGAUUUCGGGGUCAAGCUGCCCAUAUCGUUUGUCACGACCACAACAAAAGAUUACAGGAGCGAGACGACUUUAAAGGACAUUCAGGACCUGUUCACCAAAGCCCAAGAGGACAGUACUAUCGACCCCCUCAUAGACAGCUGUUGGCUCCUCAACCUUGCCAAAACGCCAUACUACAACACAACAAGUGAUGACGCGUUCUUCUCGGGACUCCGUGAUUUUCUCAGCAACAACCCCAGGUUUUACAACGACAUUGUGUUCGGGCCAGAUAAUAUGACCAUCACAGCCUCACGUUGCCAGGUGUACUCAUAUAAGGUGACCGACUCGAAUGACCAGGCCAACCUGAUGACCCGGAUGAGAGAGGUAGCAGACGACUCACCAGCAGACGUGUUCGCCUACCAUCCCGCCUUUGUGUAUUUUGAGCAGUACGUGUCGGUACUGCCUAGUACCCUCCAGACAGUCGGUGUCACACUAGCAGUUAUGUUCCUGGUGACCUGCAUCUUCCUGCCCCACCCCCUGAUUGUGGUGAUUGUGAUGGUGCAGGUGGUGAUGAUUGUGACCGGGAUAUUCGGGUUCAUGGCCCUUUGGGGGCUGACCCUCAGCUCGGUCACCAUGAUACAUCUCAUCAUGAGUGUCGGCUUCUCUGUCGACUUCUGUGCGCAUGUGUGCACGGCCUACAUCGUGUCCGAGGAGCGGACCCGGGAGGACCGGUCACGUGACGCCAUCGUCCACGCCUCCGGCCCCAUCUUCAACGGCGGCAUCUCCUCCAUCAUCGGCGUGGUCGUCCUGCUCUUCACCGAGUCCUACAUCUUCCAGUCCUUCUUCAAGAUCAUGCUCCUCGUCAUCGGCUUCGGCGUCCUCCACGCCGUCUUCCUCAUCCCUGUCAUCCUCUCCUUCAUCGGCCCCGCUACCCACGUCGACCUGGAAGACGACAGUCCCAGCCAGUACAGUCCGUCCAAACACAACGGCCACAGUCAGGUCGAGCCGGUCAGGGCCAUCUCAAAUGGGAAGGUGGAGCAGAGUAAUGGUGGUUCGCAUGCUGGUGUGACCAAUGGUGGUUCGCAUGCUGCUGUCACCAAUGGUAGCUCCACGCACGUUAACAAGGCGUUUGAAAACGAUGCUAGCCUCGGCUACUUGCCUGCCGACACGCCACCUACCCCCAUCUCCAAUCUUUAAUGUUAAGUAGAACAUUUGAGGUGAUUUAAAAUACGGUAUGUAAUACAAAUGGACAGUAGAAUAAAAAUUCACAGGUAUUUUUUUUAACUGAUGUAAAAAAAAUUGUAUAGGUUUUGUGUUAUUUUUCUUUUUAUUUGUAAUCUUUUUUUUCAAUUCUAAAUGGAUCUUCAUGAUGACAAACGAUAUUAAAAUAUUGUUUGAUAAAUUAUUUUUAAAAAAAUCAGUUUAAAAAAGAUUACAUGCACACGUAUAUUGUCAUGCCCAUCCUUAGCCACUUUGAUGAAAAUCUCAACAAGAGUGGGUUUAACUGAUUUUGGCCCCCCACCCCUACUGCAGAGGCGUAGCGACCCCUCCCGGCGCCCGGGGACAAACUUUCGAUUUGCACCCCCCCCCUCGAACUUUUCAUUUGCACGCCCUCUCAUACUUUCAAUUUGGCGCCCCCUAAGGUCGGCGCCCGAGGACAUAUGUCCCCCCCGCCCCCCCUUCGCUACGCCUCUGCCCUACUGUGAUGGCAGCAUGGCUCUCACUGGGAGCCUUUCAUGUCACACCCCCUUUUUGCUGAAGCUCAGAGCCCUCUACUCUCAAUUAACCGUUUAUCGACCAAAACUUUCAUUGGAGCACCCCCUCCCCUUCCCACGUCCUAAUGGCAUGCCUCCUCCGCCGAUUUCUAACUGCUGAUAGAUAAACUUACCGUCCCACUUCGUCUAACGAGAAUACACACCACCCACUUCAUGAUGGGGGUACCCACUUCUCCUUGAGUGGGAUACCCACUUCUUCAGGAGGUACCCACACGCUGGGCGGAACACCCACUCAUUGAUUGGGCACCCACACAUUGGGCGGAACACCCACUGUAAUGGGGACACCCAUUCCUUGAUAUGGUACCCACUCCUUGAUGGUGCACCCACACAUUGAGCUGAACACCCACUCAUUGAUGGGGUACCCACAUUUUAAUUGGGCAGCCAAGCCUUGUUGGGGAACCCACUUCUUAAGGGGACACCCACUGUCUGAUGAAGGCACCCACCAACUGCUGGUAUUGUUUGUGUCCAUAAAGCUGAAUGUAUUUAUUUAAAUUAUUUAACAAUCAAAAAGCUUUAAUGGUUCUUGUUGGUGAGACUGUUGGUCAUAGAAUGGUGAUGAUGAUGUUUGUGUAAAAUGAUGAUGUUUUGUCUAGCUGUGGUUGGUUUGUACGUUGUGUGUGGGUGUGCCACAAGUUUCGACUGUUGUAAGAUAUUUAUAUCCCAUGGUUUAUGCAAUGGACGAGUUGGAAAAGAAUGUUGAUGCUCGCAAUAAAUAGACGUAUACAUGGUCAGUCUAAUUAUGUUGUGGGUAAACGUUUUGAAAUCGUCCCCAAAAAUAUUAUGCACAUACUUUUUUUGCCAACAUUACCUGUUAUUGGUGACGAAGUCAAUUUCAGUUUUGUAUUUUAUUUAAUAUCAAUUCAAAUUUGUGUAUAUUUUAUUGCCUUUUUUUAC